CAUAAAUAUGUUGUAUGUCAAACUAACCAUGCUAAGACGUAUUAGCUCUCGUUAAUAAACCAUAAGGAUCUAAGGCUUGCCGAUCCAGCCGAAAGAUGGUCUCGAUCAUCAAAAAUCAGCUGCUGAAACACCUGUCGAGGUUCACCAAGAAUUUAUCUGCUGAUAAGAUAAACUUGAGCACAUUUAAAGGUGAAGGAGAGCUAUCAAACUUGGAACUUGAUGAAAUAGUCCUCACAGAUCUAUUAGAGCUGCCAUCGUGGUUAAGACUAACAAACGCUUGGUGUAAUAAAGUUUCAUUUCGCAUACAAUGGACCAAACUGAAAAGUGUUCCUAUCUUUUUGAGUUUGGAUGAGGUUCACAUAGAUGUAGAAACAUGUGAAGAUUUGAGAAGCAUGUCUUCCCCACAAGGUAUAUCAUCGUAUGCUGGUCCUGCAAAGUAUUCUUUUAUACAUAAAGUAAUUGAUGGAAUAACAGUAGCUGUUAACACUGUAUUGGUUACAUUUAAAAGUCCUGCAUUUAUUGCUUCAGUCCAGAUGAAUCGGAUUAUGGUAGAAUCUAAGUCAGCAACAUGGCAGCGUUGUGAUCUCAGAACCACUAGAGUAAAGGAUCCGGAUCGAGGACAGUUACUUAUCUUUAAAGAACUAGAAUGGCAGACCGUAAGAAUAGAGGCUCAAAGUACUAAGGAUCACAAUUUGACACCACUUCGUUUACUCACAAACCAAGCAAGAUGUCGUAUUACAAUAAAAAAAAGAAUAUCAGAUUGUUUUAUUAUGGGCUCCAGAUUAGUAAUUAUUCUAGAUGAUCUCUUGUGGGUAUUGACGGAUUCACAGUUAAAAGCUGCGCUUCACUUUCUCGAUUCUUUGGGUGGUCUUAUUGAGAAAGCCACCAUAUUGGAACGGAAAACAAAAGCCGCAAGAAAAUUAGAGGUUUUACCAGAAUAUCAGGCACAGAUAUCUCAACAAAGCAGAACAAAAACUCAAUGCAAUACAGCGAUUUCAAAAAUAUUUACGAGAUACGAUGUUGUAGAGACGUCAUAUCAUUUUCUUUCGCAACGCAUCGAUCUUCAUUUAUGUGAUGAUGCUGGUGGAGGCAGGUCAUUACAUCCAGAUCUGAAGGACGGUGGUGCAUUGCAAAUUUCAUUAGUUAGAUUUCAAAUUGAUUAUUAUCCGUAUCACCUGGCAAUGGCAGACAGAAAACACUGGGCUAAAUACAAAGAGAAUGCCACACCUCAUAACCAAUGGUUGCAACAAUCGUUAAGUUCAUUUCGAAGUCAGUUUAUGGAUCUUAUAGAUUCUGGGAGAACACAACAUUCUCCUUUAACGAGAAGUCAAGGAAAUGUAACUGUAGGUAGUGGUAUAAAAGGCUCCAGAGAGCAUUUGGAAAAAAGUAAUCAACCACAGAAUUCAAAUGUAACGCCAUCCGAGCAAAAGAAGUCUCAACAUCCUAGUGGUAAUCCUGUGAAAAAUUAUGUCUUGGAGCAGCUUGCUAAACUAAUGACGACGUGCAUUAUUAUCAGAAUCGAUGAUUUUACCUUAUAUAAAGUGACAACUACGUCGCAUAAUCCAAUGCCAAAAGAAUUUAUUUCAGCUCAAACCAGGAAAAAACAUACAUCAGGUGAUCGUGAAAGAUUUAGUCUUCCAGAAGAUGUAACGAUACUUCAUGCUGAGUUUACUUAUUAUUAUUAUCCAGGAGAUAUUACUUUUCCCUUGCCGCCGCCCAAAUUUUAUGUACAGCUUAAUCCAAUUCAAGUAAAUUUCGAUGUCUGCUCGUGUCUUUGGUUUAAUUCUUUUGCAUUGAAUCUUUAUCAUUCUCUUAUCUUGGGAAAAGACAAGCAGCUGAGUUCUUCGCGUUUAAUGUAUUUUGAUGUAAAGAUAGAGGCUAUACUUCCAAGAAUAGUUUUUGAAAGUCAGCAGGAUUACCCAAAUCAGAAAGACAGACCCAAGGCUUUACAUCUUCAAACUUCCAGAGCAUCUAUAACGAAUGUUCGGUCGACGGAAAGAUCUUCGAGGGCGGAUUUGGCACAGUGUCUCAAUGCAUUUCAGAUGGGACAAAUGUUCUUUGGUGCAGAGUUUCCCAGUAAAUCAGGAGACUUUCAUGUAGUAACGGAUAAAUUUUUAGCGCAUUGUGCAGCCACUGAUAAUAUUAGGCAAAUUCCACCUAAUUUUAGUAGUAAUUCCGUAAAUGAGCUACUUCGUCAGUUAAAUCGAGAGCUCUUGUGGACAGAGGCGAAGGACGUGUGGUGUUGUAACUUGGAACCUGUUUGGGGUGAUUUUUUCGGAGCGCGGGCGGUCGGUCAAAAUCGACCCGUACCGUUUCUGGACGCGUUUCCUCUGACACUGUGGUGCCACAUUACCGCAGAUUCGUUAUCAGCCACGAAAAAGCCUUCCGCCGCCGAUAUUCACGGGCUGGCAUAUAUAAGCAAUCUAGUUAGCGUACAAAUAAAUCAUUAUCAGUAUUUAUUCUUACUUAGAUUGUCGGAGAUACUUUCCGAGAUGGCUACAUACUUGGCUGUGGACUCGAAUAAGAUUCUGAAAGUCGAGAGCGGCGGAUCGCUGAUCAUAGGAGCAUUGAUACCGCAGGUAGAGGUGACGUUUGUGAUGCCGUCACACACACCUGGUAAGGAGAAUUCUGGCGGUGAUUUGGAAUCCGUAGUGCCUGACACGUCCAGCAUAGCGGACGAUUUUGUUGGCUCGUCCACUGUCUGGCAUACCAGUACAGUGAGCGCACGCGUCGAUUUUAGCGCCAAGAGGAUGAACACGAGCAACGAUGUAGAGACACCUCAAAGCGAGGCGUCAUCGAUGCUAUCAAUGGAUUACUCGCAUUCUGUUUCGACGCAGCCGGUAGUUACUUUUAAACAAAACGGCACGAAAAAGGGCGACCAGGAGGGUCCUGCGAAUGCGAUGUGGUGCAUUCCCGAGAGUUGUGGGCCGCAAUAUGCUAUUGGCAAUACGAGCGAUGAAAAGAAACAUACAACGGAAACUUCGCAUAAGCACAGCAAGUCCGACUCGAGCACACCCUUCAUUCCGAAUAAUUUCAAUGUCAAUCUUUCUUCCAUGAAAAAGGGAUUCAGCAAUCUAAUGACAUCGAUCGACUCGGCUUUGAAGGCCUCUCCAGAAGACGGUAGUAGCGAUACGGUGUCCAUGAGAAGCGAUGUUAGCUCGGAUAGCGAGAAUUAUGUUUUGGUAAGCCUCCAGGAUCAAGGAAAGAUCGACGCGGUAUUCGGCAUUGAUAACUCAAUUAGGAUAACGGCUGUGGAGGAGGCGACUGAAGUUGUGGAAGAGACGCCAGACACGCAAAGCGAAAAAUCUAUGGACAGCAUAUGCAAAAGGAAGGAUCUAGUUUCCAUGGCAACAUUCAAGCUUUCAAAAGUCGAAUUUAUACAACAAUCCUGCGAUUAUUCUUCUGUCAUCAAGAUUCAAGUUUCUAAUGUUGACAAUGAUGAAUGUUCUUCUAUUCCUUGGGAUGAAUUUCAGGUCAAGAGAAAGACCAAGUUCAGUUCGCGAUCUCGAGGCUGGAUAGAAUUACCGUCCGAUUCUGACUGCAGAUCACGUAUUAAGCUGCGUUUAGAUCACAGAUUGAAAAAUCCGGAAGAUUCCCGUAGAUUAUCGGAUGCCAGUCAAAAAGACACGAGUGGCAGUAAUAGAUCAGCAGCUCAAGACCGCGCUAGAUUGCCUGAGCAAGAUGCAUCGCGUACAUCCACCAUCAAUGUGCAUGACAAAGAGAGUGUUAUGAAUUUAUUUGAGGAUAAAUUAGAGAUAAGAGUCGUUAACGUAGGAACAGCGUUAUCGAUGAGCUCGGUAACGGGUUUAGCUGAUUUGGCGGAGGAUGAGAUAAUACCUAAACCAAUUCCUAUGCAGAUAUACUUAGAAAAUAUAUCGUUACGCUUAAAUGAAGAUCGUCCGCCAAAUAAUAUAACUUCCCCAGGCCCGAUCCCGAUAGAUUUGAAUAUUUCCAAACUCAGGAUAGCGCGGGAUAUGAACGGUGUGUUUCACAUCGAACCCGUUGCAACUACAGUAGACGAAAAUCAUCCAAAUGCGGUAUUAUCGAGUGAUAGUAGUCACAUGUUUAAGAAUGCAGAGUGUGAGAAGGAAUUGAAAGCUUUAAGACAAUCGAGUAAGCAAUUAAAAUUGGAUAAUGAAGAACUGAGACGUCGUAUGGGAGCUCUAGAGAGAUUAUCAGAAGAGAAUGCGAGAUUAAUGCGUAUCAAGGAUGAAUCGGAUAUAAUAAGAUCUCGUUUGAGUGCCGCGGAAGACGACAUUGCGAGUCUUUUAGAAGAGAAGAAACUUUUACACGAAACUAUUUCGGAGCUGCGAAAUCAAAGACUGGAAGACAGUCCUGAAGGUAGUAAUAGAACUUCAUGGUCUAUUAAAAGAUAGCACACCAGUUGUUUUGAUUGUUCCAAAUGUUGCAGUUCUAAUAAGUCUUAAUUACUUAUAUUUUUUUACUAUAAUGCUGAAAACAUUUUCCUUUUGACAAAUUUAGAAUAUCUUUAUAGAGCAAAAAUAUUUUCAGUUUAUUUAAAUAUAAAAUGUUUAUUGUAUUAAUAAUAUAAUUUUCAAUUGUACACAUAUGAAUUAAUGAGGGUUAGAAUGAUUUUCAUUUUUUUUUUGUAAACAAUGUCAAAUCUAUAAUAUAAUUAUCUUUGAAGACAUAUUAUUCUGCCGUAAUUAUGCUAGUAACUGCCGUUGAGGUCUUUUGCUUAAAUGUAAAACACAGUGAUAAGAAUCUUGUAGAUGCGCAUACGAUGCGCAAACACAAUCUUAAAUAAAAAAUAUCAAUUUUCUUACCGUGAUCGAAUACAAGGCGAUAAUAAUAUUAGCCUGUGUUUUUUGUGUUUUAUUGCAAAAUUAUCAAUUGAUUAUUUGAAUUUUUGAAAAAUAAAUGAUAAAUCGCCUGAGUGUCGAUUCUUUAUGGAUAAUGUAACUAAAAAUGGCAUAUGACCAUAUUUACUGUCUUAUUUUAUUAUAAUCGUGUAUAUAGAGAAUAAUAAAAUAUUUGUUACUUAUAAAUAAUAAAUAUUUUGUUACUUAUCUAUAUAUACAUACUUAUACAGUAUACAUAUCUUUCUGAAAACAAAGUAAUAGUCUUAAAAUAUAAAAAUUUAGCUAAAUAAUCAAAAGAAUGAUUUGUUAGGAAUGGAUUAAUAUUAAUAUUAAUCCCAGCAAACACGGAACAUUGCAGCAACAUUCCGGCAAUUUUGUAAUACUGCUAUAAUGUUGCUACAAUGUUAUAACAUUGCCGCAAUGUUGCUGCUAUAUUCUGUGUUUGUUAGGAAUAAAGCAAUGUUUUUUCUCUUAUUUUUUGUGUUUUAAGGUAGCAAUUGAAAUUUAUUCGAACAGUAUACUUGCAUAUUUGUGUAUUAUACUUAUGAAAUGUUUGUCUCAGGAUUUAGAAGAAUGUGUAUGUACAUGUAUGUACGGAAUAAGCAAGUGCACUAGUCAGUACAUCACAAUUUAAGUAUCGGUUGAUUCUAUAAUUGGUUUUAAUUUUUUGCUUUCCAUGGACAUAACGAUUUGUAAGAACAUGCUACAAAGCACAAUGAUUUAAAACAGACGAUUGUAAUUUAGUAAUAUAUGCUAGUUGAGCCUACGGAUAGACUUUAAAUAGAAAUUGUGUGACCUGGUGGUAUUGCAUUAUACAUCAUAUACAUAAUUUUGUAUUGACUGAUUUAAUGAUUCAUCAAAUGAUGAAAAUUAUAAAUAAUAUUAAUAAUAUGAUGAUGUGGGACGUCAAUAAGACUGUAAAUAAAAUUCGAAGAUGUUGGUUUAUAGUAGUCGCUCUAGAGUCUCCUUGAAAUAAUUUAUAUGAACGUUAGAAAUGGCGAAAUUAACUUGAUGAAUUUUUAAAGGAGAGAAUUGUGUCAUAUGAUGGAUUGCGAAUGAUGGUCCCCUUUUAAUACAACAUCGUUUUGAUUUAAAAUCGAUCCCAAUAAUAGCUUCCUUUGAUUUCGAUAAGCCUGAUAAAUUUAGUUUCUACAAUGGAUUGCUGGUCGAUCCUACAUAAAUGGAAAGUAUUUUUUUAGUGCGUAUAUGAAUACAUGAUGCAAUUGAAAUUUGUUUCAUAAUGUAAAUUUCUGCUUAAUAUACAUAUUUCAUGUAUUGUAGAUACGCAUUUAAAUAGAUUCCAUUUAGAUGAGGCUUUGAACGGUGCGUUCCCUCGGCAAAUAUUUUCGAAUAAACGAAUACAAAUGUGAUCAUGUAUUUAUGUGAUGAUGUAAUCGCUUACGAGGUGCAAUAAGAUGUAGUUAUGUAAUAUUUGACUAUGGAACGCAAGUUGACUGAAGGUAGCAUAAUGUAUGUAGGUUUAAAGAAGAGUGGAAGCUAAAGGUUGAAGUUUUUGUUACUUGCAGAUAUACGGAUAAGCUUUUUAUAAUGCACAUAUCAUACCUACAAUGAAGGAUUUGCUUACACUUA